AUGGCGUCAAGUUGGGAUAUCAACCAGGAGUCAUCCAGCGACGAUAAAGGUCCUAUGGUCAUUUGUGUUGCUUGGCUUUUUUUUGUUAUAGCGGCUCUGGUGCUUGGAGUACGCGUAUGGUUGCGCACUUCCCUUACAAAACUUUUCGGGUGGGAUGAUGCCUUCAUGAUCCUGGCGCUGGCAUUUGGAUGCGUGCAUUCAGCUCUCGUCAACGUCUCUGUUGAUUAUGGCCUUGGGAUUCAUCAGGCCAACCUUACAGAAAGCCAGGUUAUACUACUAACCAGGUAUUUCUGGGUUUCAGGGCCUAUACAUGACUUGGCUGUGAAUUGGGGAAAGGUGUCUGCAAUGCUAUUGCUCAUACGUGUCGUGGACAGAGCAAAGCGUCACGCCGUUUACUUCUACAUUGGGAUAGUCCUUCUCACUCUUGUCAACACCACGGACGUUUUCAUUAUCUUAGGUCAGUGCAGGCCUAUGGAGGCGGCCUGGAACCCAAGUAUUCGAGGGAGAUGCUGGGCAAAGAGCGUCGUGAAGACCUCUGCUUAUUUUCAAAGCGCAUGCUGUUGUUUAUCUGACCUUAUCCUUGCAGGAUAUCCUGUAAUUGUGAUAUCACGCCUGCGGAUGCCUCUCCGCACCAAAAUUACCCUUUCGGUGAUAAUGUCGUUGAGUUUAAUUGCCUUUGUAGCGCCUGUUAUGAAGGCUUACUACAUCCAUCGCAUGGGUAAAGGCUCAGACUACUCCUGGAAGAUGGCCGACUUGGCUAUGUGGGGUUCCUUGAAGCACUACCUCGUCAUUAUUACUGCCUCGAUACCCGCUCUUGGGCCUCUAUGCAAACACAUCACACGCCUGGCAUCUUCAAGGGGAUUCAGGUGGUUCUCAUACCCGAAAUACACUCAAUCGUCAUCAUAUCACCCAAAGCCAAAAUCACUCGCGACAGUCACCGUCAGCUCCGGCCCUAGCACGAAGGUCUUUAGUGAAGGAUACAGCAUGUCAACCAUGACCGGGGAUGAUAGCUACCCGAUGUCUAAAUACAACAACAGUGGUCGUAAAAAGGAAAAGUAUAAGCAAAAACAACAGAGUGAGACAGCGAGCAGUCAGGAGGCCAUCGUUCCGGUCCCUGAACAGAACGCAGACGAAAUCACAAAAGUAACGGAGGUCUGCAUACGGACGGAAUCGAAGGAAAACAUCGCAGAGUAUUGGGAGCAGAGGAUAAAGCCUUGGGAGGCUAAGUCUCCUGUUUAA